UAGGUUCCUGUGGGAGUCCAGGCUGAGAAGGCUGGAGGGCGGAGUGCUUCCUGUGCCCUGCGCCAUGUGGAGUCUGCCGCGGAGCAGGGCUCUGUCCUGGGCACCACUGCUGCUUCUCUUCAGCUUCCAGUUCCCGGUUACCUAUGCUUGGCGUUUCCAAGAGGAAGAGGAGUGGAAUGACCAAAAACAAAUCACUGUUUAUCUCCCUCCCACCCUGGAGUUUGCCAUGUACACAUUCAACAAGCAGAGCAAGGACUGGUAUGCCUACAAACUGGUGCGUGUCCUGGAUUCCUGGAAGGAGCAGGGUUAUGAUAAGAUGACAUUCUCCAUGAAUCUGCAACUGGGCAGAACCAUGUGUGGGAAAUUUGAAGAUGACAUUGACAACUGCCCUUUUCAAGAGAGCCCAGAGCUGAACAAUGUAAGACAAGACACCAGCUUCCCUCCUGGAUACAGCUGUGGAUGCCGCAUGGGGUGUGGUGUGGACACCGGUGCAGCUGACAAAGAGACUUAGAGGAGUGAGCCUGCAGCAGCCUCUACCAGGCUACCUUGCUUGUGCCUUAGUGGCGAGCACACAGGGGCAGGCAGCCAGGGGUCCACUUGCAGUCUCCUGGCCAAUUUGAGUUUUCCUGACUCUGCCAUGUCACGCCACUACAGCUGCUUGUACCCAGGGCACAUGGCCUUCAGACUGCUCUUGCCCCCUGGGGUCCUAGUCUCCAAGGCCUGAGUAGAGACUGUCCCCUCUCUGGUCUUCCUCCCCAGCCUUCCUCUGCCUUUUGAAGAAAGAGCCUCGUGGGGAUCUGACAUCACCUCUCUCUGAGUGUGCAGUUCUCAGGGUCCCCCUCCCCUAAUCCAGAGCCUGAGGCAGGUGGAGGCUGAGGAGGGACCCCACUGCCCUCCCUCCCUGGUCCUGUCCUGGCUCCUGCUGAGCUGCAGUACCUGCUCUGGGGACAAGGACAUAAUGAACCCUGACACUGCACAACACAUCUAGCAUUACUCCAUCCCCUUAUCAGAGGAUUAGUUAAUAGGUUAAGUACUUGUUUAAAUCUGAGAGCAGCUCCCUCUGGAAUGGAGUGUGCCAUGCUGUUCUUGGAGGAUGAAAGACACUAGACAGCCUGGGUUUCCCCUGGAGGCUGCUGGCUGGGGUGGAGGGUGCUACUACAGGUGUUCCUUGGUCAGGAGGGAGCCACAGAUCACCCUGAAAGUCUGGAACAGCCCAGAACUCAGGCUGGAGGGCCACACUUGGGGUCCAGAGCCCAGCCCUGGGAAUGGGCAAGAUUGAGAUGGAACCUGUGUUGAUAGCAGAAGCCACAAGCUUCUGCGUCCCAAGCCCCCACACACUGUCCCUUCCUGUGCUUGCUCCCUCAGACCUGCACCUGCUUCUUCACCAUUGGAAUAGAGCCCUGGAGGACACGGUUUGACCUCUGGAACAAGACGUGCUCAGGCGGGCAUUCCUGAGUGGGUCCUAGCCACGGGAAUGGCCACCUGCUGUCCUCUCCUUUCCAGCACGUCGGCAGUUCCUCAACAUGGCCCUUCAGUGCCUGAGCAGCUCUGUGCUUGUGUGUUCUUACUUUCCAUGUGUUAGGAGUUCAUGCUCAGGUAUUUUAGAAAUUCUUCAUUGUCUAAAUUCAUCAUGUAGUAUACAUCUUAACAAUUAGCAUUUUAAGAAGCUUUGUGUGCCAUGAUUCUGGAGGAAGGGGCUUGGGCAGUUGAUGGAGUUAUUCUCAGCAGGGCAACCUCCUGGGCUCUCAGGGGUAAGUUUUUCUCCCUUGUUGGGCCUCCUGAGCCACUUCCAGAGGCACAGGUAAGGUGCGUCUGAGCUGCUAUCUCAGGGCCCCUUGCAGGCUGCAGAGGGGCAGUGAGGGUGGCCUCCCAGGGUAUCAGAUGUGCACAUGGAGCAGGACAGGGACUCGGGAUCCCACAUAACAAAUGUGACAUUGGCACUAAUGCUCAGGGUGCACGUAUACCUAGUGUGUUAGCUGAGAAUAGCCAGCAGCUAUGGACACCCUGUCCACAUCUCCCAGAUCAGGCUCCAGCAUGUAUUUUCUGUAAAGAUUUAAGGAGUAACUAUUUUGAUCUUUGUAGGCCAUAUAGUCUAUAUAGUCACUUUCUCAGCUACCCAGCACAGCCUUUGUAAGUUGAAAGCAGCCAUAGGCAAUGCAUAAACAAAUAAGAGCAGUCCUGUCCCAACAAGACUUUGUUUACACAUGGAGACAACCAGACUGGGCUGCAUUUGGUCCUCGGGCCAUGGUUGCCAACUCCUAAGGUCAAGUCUGAGAGCCACGCUCCAUCUUCAGAAGCGAGGCAGGUGAAUGUCCCAGUCUCCCAGCCUCCUGGCACCCGAUUCAGAGUGUGUGUCACAUGGGUCUCAGAGCUCCCCAGCAGGAUAAACACCCCCGACCCCAGCGUAACCCAUUGAUAACAGACACAUUGUGUUUCCCCUUCUCUGUCUCCCUUUCUCACAUGUGCCUCCUGGGAUCAUCUCCAAAUAAACUACCUGCACCCACCAGUCUGCGUUUCAGGGUCAGCCUGGGGGGACCCAACACAGACCUGUGGUGCGUUUGGACCAUCGUCUUGGGACGUAUCCUCCAUAGACGUGCUGGGAGGGUGGUCCCUAGAUCAUGGGCAUUC